GACUCGAGAGUCAACGUCGAGUAUACGGUUAAUACGGCGGACGUUCUUCUGUUCUCGAGUCGAUCGGUCGUCGUCUUUACGCUCUCACGUUAAUUCGCAUAGCCUGGCCGCCGGAAAAUGGCACUCCUAUCCUUACGUCUAGCCUCAUCCUUGGCCAGGCAUCUGCCGAAUACCACGGCCCAGAUCAAUUGGCCUGCGAUUACCAUAGUUUCCCGCAAAUAUCAUGUCUCCUGCAGCCGCCGCUCAGCAGAAAUUUCUGCUAUCCUGGAGGAGCGUAUCCUUGGAACAGCACCAAAGGUUAAUCUUGAAGAAACCGGUACGGUACUCAGUAUUGGAGAUGGUAUCGCACGUGUGUACGGAUUGAAGAACAUUCAAGCCGAUGAGAUGGUAGAGUUUAGCUCAGGCUUAAAGGGUAUGGCGUUGAAUUUGGAACCUGACAACGUUGGCGUUGUCGUAUUUGGUAAUGACAGACACAUUAAGGAGGGCGAUAUUGUCAAACGUACUGGUGCUAUUGUCGACGUUCCUGUCGGUGAACAAUUAUUGGGUCGUGUCGUCGACGCCUUGGGUAAUCCCAUUGAUGGCAAGGGACCUUUAAACAACAAAUUAAGAUUCCGUAUUGGAACUAAAGCUCCAGGCAUUAUCCCCAGAGUAUCAGUCAGAGAACCUAUGCAAACUGGAAUCAAAGCUGUGGACUCCUUAGUGCCUAUUGGUCGUGGUCAACGUGAAUUGAUCAUUGGCGAUCGGCAAACUGGAAAAACUGCUCUUGCCAUUGAUACUAUUAUCAAUCAGAAACGUUUCAAUGAUGGUGGGGAAGAGAAGAAGAAAUUGUACUGCAUUUACGUCGCUAUUGGCCAGAAGAGAUCUACCGUUGCGCAAAUUGUAAAGCGUCUAACAGACAGCGGUGCUAUCAAUUACACUGUUAUUGUAUCCGCCACUGCCUCUGAUGCAGCUCCGCUUCAAUAUUUGGCCCCAUACUCCGGAUGUGCUAUGGGAGAAUUCUUCAGAGAUAAUGGAAAACACGCUUUAAUCAUUUACGACGAUUUAUCCAAGCAAGCCGUUGCCUAUCGGCAAAUGUCUUUGCUGCUUAGAAGACCACCGGGUCGUGAGGCCUAUCCUGGCGAUGUAUUCUACCUUCAUUCUCGUUUGCUUGAAAGAGCUGCUAAAAUGAACGAAAAUUUGGGCGGUGGAUCAUUGACCGCUUUACCUGUCAUCGAAACACAAGCCGGCGAUGUGUCCGCUUACAUCCCUACCAAUGUCAUUUCUAUUACUGACGGUCAAAUCUUUUUGGAAACCGAAUUGUUCUACAAAGGUAUCCGACCUGCUAUCAAUGUCGGUUUGUCUGUAUCACGUGUCGGAUCUGCUGCUCAAACCAAGGCUAUGAAGCAGGUUGCCGGUUCUAUGAAAUUGGAAUUGGCUCAAUAUCGUGAAGUUGCGGCUUUCGCGCAGUUCGGUUCGGAUUUGGACGCUGCAACUCAGCAAUUGUUGAACCGUGGCGUGAGGUUAACAGAACUACUCAAACAGGGACAAUAUGUACCCAUGGCUAUUGAGGAGCAGGUAGCAGUUAUAUAUUGCGGCGUACGUGGUUAUCUUGACAAAAUGGAUCCUACAAAGAUCACUGUCUUUGAAAAAGAAUUCCUUGCACACAUCAGGUCUACUCAAAAAGAUCUUCUUGCUACCAUCGCGAAAGAAAAUGUAAUUAGUGAAGCGUCAGAUGCGAAAUUGAAGAAAAUAGUUACCGAUUUCCUCUCAUCCUUCUCAGCGUAAGGCGCGAUCAUCGAAUUGUCAUUUUAAUGCGAGUCAACUUAGAUAAAACCGAGGAACAUACAAUGUUCUUAAAGAUUUUUCUGCUGCUGACGUGCGUUAAUGUACCGAUAUUACGCAAUACUAUACAAAUGUUAUUAUUAUAAUGUAAUUAUGUAUAAUAUCUGUACAUUAAAGAUAUUGCAGCAAUUCCACAUAUGACCUGUAAACUCGAUAGCCAUCUACAAUUAUAUUGAUACGAAAAAUUGGUCUUUAAUAAAAAUAAAAAUACUCUGUUUUAGAUA